UUACAAAUUGGACCUAUGAGCUCCAGUGCUUUAAGGACAUCCGAAGGACUACCAAGCAUUAAAGUAAACUCCAUUUUCUACUUUCCAGGUGGCAGUGGCAGUGGCGGCGGUGGAGGCGGCGGCGGAGGUGGAGGCGGCGGAGGCGGGGGCGGCGGCAGCUCCUCGGACAUCUCCAGGGACCACUGCAACAAGACGGUGGACAUCUUCGAGGACAUCAGCUCCCCAGAGGUCACCAACCAGAACACGGGCCGCCCGCUGACCUGCUGGUACAGAUUCCGGACCCUGAAGGGGGCGCCGCGCGACUUUGUGCUGCGUCUGCGGUUCAAGAAGUUCAAAGUGGGUCAACUGCUGAACGCGACCCACUGCGAGGGCGGCUACUUGCAGAUUGUUGACGGCAACGCCAAGACGGAUGUCUCCAAUCGCCGGGAGCCGGGCAUGUUCUGCGGGGAGGCGGAGCAGCCGCAGACAUUCAUCAGCGAGACCAGCUACGUGAAGGUGCUCUUCCACACGGACAACUUUACGGAUCAGACCUACUUCACAUUCGAUUCACGCGCCGAGCAGCAAACCGAAGUCUAUCUGCGAUAUGGACAGCAUCCGGAAUUAUAUCCAAAUCGUCGCGGCGAAGUUGUCCAGGGGUCCUACUGUGAGCGGGAGUACCGAGACUGCCGCCUGCAGACCUGCUACGUCCAGAGCCCCGCCUACCCCGGCCUGUAUCCGCGGGCCCUCAACUGCCGCUACAAGCUCCACACCCGCCAGCCCUACAUAAAGCUGUAUCUGCAGAACGAGCAGUUCGCCGUCGACGGCCAGAGGUGCGAGAAUGUGAUGACCUGCCCCAUCCGGCCCAUCGGGUCCGGAAAUGAGCACUGCCCCUUCGACUGGCUGGCGGUCUACGACGGCCGGGACGAGCACUCGCCCCUGAUUGGAAAGUUCUGCGGCCUGGGCAAGUUUCCCUUCAGCAUAAUCGGCACAUCCCAGUACAUGUACGUAGAGUUCGUCACCUCGCCGGCGGGGCCGCUCCUAAACACAGGCUUCCAUUUCAACGUCGGCAACUGGCCGGGCCACGUGGAGACCGCCGGGAUCAAGCACGGCGUGUGCGACUGGCUCCUCAGCUCCGACUCCCUCAAGGACAGCAGUGCCAGCGAGGGCAUAUUCCUGAGCAUCGCCCACUGGUAUCCGCCGAACACGUCCUGCAGCUACCACAUCAAAGGACAUGUCGGCGAAAUCGUACGCCUCUACUUCCCCAGUUUCCGCAUCAAUCGCAUCGAGUCGCCAAUCCUGAAGUACGAGGGCGACUGCGGCGAGUCCUUGACCAUCUACGACUCGGAUCACGCUGAUCCCGCCCGCAUCAUUAAGACCUUCUGCGACACCUUCUCGCGGCCCAUGGAGAAGGUGGACUUUGUGAGCACCAGCCCCUCGCUGUACGUUCAGUUCGACUCCAAGACGGGCAGCUACAGCGGCAGCUCCCUGUACUACUGGGCGCACUACGACUUCUUCAACAACACCCGCUUCGGCGACCCCGUCCCCAACACCCUCUGCGACGAGGUGAUGUACGCCUGGAAGCAUCCCGGUGGCCGGCUCCGGUCGCCUCUGAACUCCCUCAUCUUCAAGCGGACGGGCGGUAGCGACGUGAGGUGCCAGUACAAGUUCGUGACCGACAAGAGGCUGUACGCCCGGGCCAUCAUCGAGGUGAACGCCGUGUCCUUCAAGGAGCUGCCGUACAACAGCAAUGCCUGCACCCGCUGCCACGAGGAGCGCGUCGACAAGCUGGUGAUCUGGGAGGAGCGGGACAAGUACCAGAACAACCUGGCCUGCUUCUGCGACAACAUCCCCAGGGCGGUGCGAGUCAUCUCCUCGGCGGACCAGAUGAACCUCGAGAUGAUCGUGCAGGGCCAGCACGCCAUCACGUCCUACUUCAAAAACCCCAAUCCCCUGUUCGAGGCCACCUACGAGUUCGCCCACGGACCUCUGUGUGGGCCCAUCACCCUGGGUCCUUCGCCGGACGGCGAACUGGUCUUCCCGUACAAGAAGGCCCUGGCCAUGGUGGCCGGGCCGAUGGCGCCUCCGGAGCACCACUACCGCCGCGAGAAGUGCAUCUGGGAGCUGAAGGUGGCCGCCCAGAGAGACCUCUGGCUGAACUUGGAGAAGGCCCGCUUUGCCGACCGCAGCUGCGAGAGCGCCAAGAUUGAGGUGUAUCUGGCCGGGCGCCUGGAGCCCCGGUUUGUGGUCUGUCCGGAGAACAUAUCGCUGGCCCGGGACCUCCCCAUUCUGACCACCGCUGAGCUGGGAGCCACCGGCGCCGAUCAGGAGCCCCUGCCCGUACUCAUCCAGUACACCGGAGACGGCCAGCCGGGCCGCAACAUCUUCCGGCUGGUGUGGACGGAGCUCUUCCAUCUGCCGCGCAACCCCGAUGGCAGCCUUGCCGCCUCUCUGCUCCAGGACGGGGGCUGCGACUUCCGCUGCCCCGGCGACACCGGGGUCUGCAUCCCCCGGCACCUGCUCUGCAACGGAGUCGCCAACUGCCCGAACGUGACGCACACCUCGACGCUGGCGCAACUCACCCGGCACAUCGAGUGGAACCUGGAGCAGCUGGGGCUCCUGCACCACGCCGGGGAGUACCGGCAGCUGGUGCUGCACGACGAGUCGCCGGAGAUCUGCCUGCGGAGGGACCUCAGCGAGCUGCCGUACGGCAAGCUGGCUCUGAUCACCGUGGGCCUGUGUCUCAUGUUCGCCCUGCUCUUCGCCAUCUUGCGGCGGAUGUGCCGGAGGUCGCCCAGCCACCAGGGCAGGCACCACCUGGAGGAGGACUACUAGAGAGAGGAGCGUCUGUAAGAAAUUUUGAUUUUGGCAUCAUCAUCCCAAGGAUUCUCUUCAGUUUGAAACUAGUUCUCCCACGAUGCACUGCCAGGCUUAGCAACAGUCCUCCUUCUAGCCCCCCUCGCUAGGAACUAUUCCCUUUCCCCCAUUGAGAGUUCGAUAUCCUUAAUAUCCCUAUAACUAUGUAAGUAGCUCUGCCCGGUUGAGUCUAUAACUUUUGCUCUACGUGACAGCUAAUGAAUAUUAAUUGAGAACAGUUGUACGAUAAAAACUACAAAAAACAUAUAGAGUUUGAAAAACAAAUCGAAAAAAACACGAAACACAAAGAAAGAAAUUAAAACUGCCCUGCAUAAAUUAAUUAAAGCAUAAAUUGUCACGUGAUAAUUGUUGAAAUGAAAAAGGAAUACUUUAAAAAGGCAUAAAGAAACUAGAUUUUAAUUAAGGUAGACAGGUAGACAGGACGGUGGUCGAGGGUAAAACCAAAUCCAGAAACCAAAACCAAAAACCAAAAACCAUAUACAAAAAUACACAUUCAAUUCACAGUAAUAGGAGUAAUAAUGAUAAAGAAAUUGUUGGCGGUUUUAUUAGUUAAUAUUAUUGAUAAACUACAAUACGAUACAUUGUACUAUUAUUGGCAAAUUGUCAAGCAAAUCCAGGCAUAUACGCGUACACAGACACAUCUUGUGUAUAUAAUGUACGAUAUACAUAUAGGGUAUAUUUUUUGCACAUAGUUUUACCUAGAC